AUGUUUGAAUGGAUUACUUCUUGGUUUCAACCAACACCAGUUUCUCCAGAGAUCAAACAGUUGAUCGAAACAACUACACAGACUAAUAAUAUUGUUGUAUAUUCCAAAACCUAUUGUCCAUACUGCACAGCAACCAAGAAUUUGCUUUCUCAAUAUGGCGUUCCUUACGAGCUCAUUGAGUUGAAUUCCGUCAACAAUGGUGCAGAGAUACAAAGAGCAUUGCAAGAGGUUACAGGGCAAAGAACGGUUCCAAACAUUUUCAUCAAUGGGAAACAUAUUGGAGGAAACUCGGAUUUACAAGCCUUGGAACAGAGUAACAAGUUGAAGCAAUUACUUGCUUCCUCACUUAAUUAG